GCCGGCACCCGAAGGAAAUCGAUUCCGAUGAGAGUGCAUCGCGGGACCAUUCUGAAGCACCUGGCACGGGAGUACUUUGCGUCAAGCUCGUGCCAUGGCAUGUCGUACAUCGUUCACCCCAAAGUGUCCAUUGCGGAGCGAGUAUGCUGGUCGUUUGUGGUGGUGCUCUCGCUAAGCGUCUGCAUAUCGGCGAUCGUUAUCGGGCAUCAGAAGUGGAUCGAGAAGCCGAUGAUCGUCAGCUUCUCGGCACGUCCGAUCCCGGUGUGGAAGAUGCCGUUCCCGGCCAUCACCAUCUGCCCGCAGACGCGAAUCGAUGUGGAGAAGUUCAACAUUACCGAGGUGUAUCUAAGGGCACGGGCAAACAAGACGCUCGCACCCGACGAGUGGCACAAGUUGCGCGCCCUAACGCACGUCUGCUCGUCGCUGAUGCGGUCGAAGAAUGAUUUUUAUGGCACGAGUGGUGCGACCAGCGAGAGUGCGCUGGCCGCCGCUAGUGAGCAGGUGGUGGAACAGUUGGUCAACAUGUCGAUACCGCACGAUGAGCUGUUUGUGUCGUGCCUGUGGAGCUUCAACUUUCGACCGUGCGAAGCGUUGUGGGCCCGGAAGGUGACGGAAAAUGGAGUUUGCUACAGCUUCAACAUGCUGUCCAGUGCGGAACUGUACACGGCCGAUCAAGAGUUUCGCGAGCGGGAAGUUAAUCCGGACGUUAGGAAGCGGGGCUUUAAAUCGUUGCAUGCGUCGAAGAUGCGCAGCACGGGAUGGACGAUGGAGAAUGGAUAUACGGUGGGUGAGGAUCUGCUGGCCUAUCCGCGGCGUACGGCUAGCGGUGGGUUUAAGGGUGGUGCGAUUGUGCUGAUGAAGGCACACCAGACCAACCGGGAGUACAUCUGUUCGGGCGCUCUACAAGGCUACAAAGUUACGAUUCACCCACCGGAUGAGUUCCCGCGGCUAAGUGAGUAUCACAUCCGUGUACCGCCGAUGCAAGCCGUAUCCAUAAUCGUAAAGCCACGCUUACUAACCACCCAGAAGAAUCUGCACCGAUAUCCUCCGACCAAGAGACAAUGCUUUUUCUCGGACGAACGGAAGCUACGCUUUUUCCGGGUGUACAACGAGCAGAACUGUGAGUUCGAGUGUCUCACCAACUAUACGCUAGCAACGUGCGGUUGUGUGACCUUUGCUAUGCCCCGGGAAAACACUACCCGCGUUUGCAGUGCACAUGAAAAGCGUUGCUAUAAAUCGGCCGUUACUCGGUUGAUGGAGCUGGAUGAGCUGAGCGAAGAUAGGGGGCAGGAGAUGUGUGACUGUUUGCCCGCCUGUACCACGAUCAAGUACGAUGUGGAGCUAUCGAACGAUUGGCUGAAUUUGGAUGCCAUGUUGGCGUCCAUGAUUAGGCGAGAGAGCGGAAUGGAAGGGAUGGAACCGAUGCUGCUGUACGUUUACUUCAAGGACAACAAAUUUCUCUACAUCGAACGGGUGGAGUACAUGAACUUUAACGGCGAGCUGGCCAACUUCGGAGGCAUUCUGGCCCUCCUGUCCGGCAUGAGCCUCACAAGCCUGGCGGAAAUACUGUACUACAUCUUCGUGCGUCCCCUAGGGCUGUGGGUAAAAGCGCUGUACGUUCGGGCUACGGUACAACCGUCCGCGCCAGAGGUACAGCUACGUUCGCGAAGCGCUUCAGUGAAUCUCGUACGUCCUUGGAUCCCGUAAAGAGGGACACCCCAGUCGGUGGAUGUUGCACGAUGUUUUAACGAUCGGCACGUGAUCGACGAUCGAUUCGAUAACCGAUCUGUGCGCGAUCGAGCCCGUCGGUGGUAAUGAAUUUUAAUGCACGAGUCGUCUCCUUGGCUCGAACUGCUUUUUUUUCCUUCUCGUAUCGAAUGGCCGCGAUUCUGGCAAAUCUGGCAUUGCCAGGUGAUUGAGGCGACGAAUGACAUUGGACAGGGAACAGCGAAUAGCUGCCUAUCCGAAGCAAUUGCUUUUAGCGUAUGCUAAUCGAAAGUACUGGCGAGUAAAAGUGGCGUGGCGUGAGAAGAAUCGCAACUUUAAUUUCCUAGUUCCAAGAGAAAAGGCGGUUAAUCGUUCUUGGGCCGAUUCAGCUCAGCUAGUGUUGUAUAAACAAACGGUGCAAGCGGGUGUGUGCUUUUUACGGUAGUUUUUGGCACGCGAAACACAAACAUACCGGGCGUGCGUCACAAAGCGGCCUGUAUACGCACGCACACCUGGAUCCGAUUACCAAAAACACAGUCGGAAACGUCGGAUCCUUACCAGGAGGCUGGCGCGUACUGCUUCCUAACCAUCCCGGAAAAGCGCUGUGUUUUGAAAUGGGAAAAUUAUGAAAACAACCCGCACGUGCCCGUCGGUGUUUGGUGUUUUGGGAAAGGGACCUUUGAAAGCGCUACAAAACCCACCCCCUUUCGGGGGUUGCUGUUGUUAUGUAGUGUUAGUGGUCAGUAGUAAUGUGGCGCGAAACGGUUUGAACGCCCAUUUCGGUGCCGGUAAUUUAUUUUCCACGCCGUAAAUUAGCAAUCACCUUACGGCGCAGGAAGAUACAUGCAGCUGGAACAUUAUUUAUUCGCUCGAGCACUACCGUUCGGGAUGAUGAUGAAUGCACAGCACCGAACGGAACAUCACCGUGGCCAUCGGUUUAUGGGGGCCUAUUACUUUAUAUUGGCAAAGCUACAAACGCAAAUAAGGGGUAAACAACAAAGAGCGGCCGUUGUGGGGCGAUGGAGUUAAGAUAUUCAGGUGAUUAAUUUGAAAAUUUUAGGGUAGUCCAUGGUUUGGCCUUGCGACUCGGUGGAAGCUGCAUAUUAUUUUCCAAUCCAUUAACUCAACUCAGGCUCGGUCCGCACUCUUAAUUGCUUUAGUACACUAUUUAGGGCGUAAGGAGUUUAUAGUUGGGCAAACAAAGAACUAAGGUAGCUAAAAGAGGAUUAAACCUUUUAACGCCCUUCAAUUAAUUUAGAAUAAUUAAGAAGUUUUAUCAAAUAAAAAGAAAAAAUAAAUAAAUUCACGAACCAGCCGAUAAAAACAAAGGAAAAAAAUAAGAAAAUUAAGCUGUUUCCUGU